GCGGGGCGAGGCGCAAUGACGGCGCCCGGCACGAAGGAGAGCGGGCGGCUGAGGCGCGAGCGGAGCCGCUGAAGGAACGCGGGAGACUGAGAGAGAGAGGGAGAGGCGGAGGCAGGGCUCCUUGUGAGCGGGGAGGGAAGCCACUCGAGGCCGGGGCCUCUCUUCUCCGUGCAGGCCGCGAUGUCCUCCGGGGCGCAAGGCAGCGCCGUGGCCGACCCUCAGCACCCGGCGCGGCUCCUGCGGGCCUUGAGCGCCUUCCGCGAGGAGGGCCGCUUCUGCGACGCCCACCUGGUCCUCGAGGGGCGAGAGAUCCCCGUCCAGACCAACAUCCUGGCCGCCGCCAGCCCCUACGUCCGAACAAAGUUGAACUAUAAUCCUCCGAAGGUUGAUGGCUCCACGUAUAAAAUUGAACUUGAGGGGAUAUCUGUUGACACUAUGAAAGAGAUUCUAGACUACAUCUUCAGUGGUCAGAUCAGACUAAGUGAAGACACCAUUCAGGAUGUUGUACAAGCUGCUGACCUCUUGUUGCUCACAGAUCUAAAAACUCUCUGUUGUGAGUUCCUCGAGGGUUGUAUUGCUGCUGAAAACUGCAUUGGGAUUCGGGACUUUGCCCUGCACUAUUGCUUGCACCAUGUCCAUUAUCUUGCCUCUGAAUAUCUGGAAACACACUUCAGGGAUGUCAGCAGCACCGAGGAAUUCCUGGAACUUAGUCCUCAGAAACUGAAAGAGGUGCUGUCCUUGGAGAAACUAAAUGUUGGGAAUGAAAGACAUGUUUUUGAAGCCGUGAUCCGGUGGAUCUCCCAUGAUCCCGAACUAAGAAAGGUUCACAUGAAGGAUGCGAUGUCAGCUGUGUGGGUCGCAGGACUAGACUGUGCCUACUUGCGGGAGCAGAUGAUGAGUGAGCCUCUGGUCCGGGAAAUUGUCAAAGAGUGCAGCAACAUACCGCUCACGCAGCCCCAGCAAGGGGAAGCCAUGCUUGCUUCGUUCAAACCCAGAGGAUAUUCAGAAUGCAUUGUGACCGUUGGCGGAGAAGAACGAGUAUCCCGGAAGCCGUCAGCAGUAAUGCGGUGUAUGUGCCCUUUAUAUGAUCCUAACAGACAACUUUGGAUAGACCUAGCUCCUCUGAGUACGCCCAGGAUAAAUCAUGGAGUACUUUCAGCAGAAGGGUUCCUGUUUGUGCUUGGAGGCCAAGAUGAUAACAAAGUCACUUUAUGUUCUGGGGAAAAGUAUGAUCCAGAUAGCAAUUCGUGGAGCUCUUUGCCACCCAUGACGGAGGCGCGGCACAAUUUUGGCUUGGUGGAGAUUGAUGGGAUACUAUAUGUUUUGGGAGGUGAGGAUGGAGAACGGGAACUCAUCUCCAUGGAGUCCUAUGACAUUUACAGUAGGACAUGGACAAAGCAACCAGAUCUGACCAUGAUUAGAAAGAUUGGUUGUUAUGCAGCGAUGAAAAAAAAGAUCUAUGCAAUGGGAGGCGGUUCCUAUGGCAAGCUUUUUGAGUCUGUUGAAUGUUACGACCCGAGGACCCAGCAAUGGACUGCCAUCUGCCCGCUAAAAGAAAGACGGUUUGGGGCUGUGGCAUGUGGUGUGGCUUCAGAGCUCUAUGUCUUUGGAGGGGUGAGAAGCCGGGACGAUAACCAAACCAGCGAGAUGGUGACCUGUAAAUCGGAAUUCUAUCAUGAUGAAUUUAAGAGGUGGAUCUACUUGAACGAUCAGAACUUGUGCAUCCCAGCCAGUUCUUCAUUUGUGUACGGAGCUGUGCCCAUUGGAGCUAGCAUUUAUGUGAUCGGGGAUCUGGAUACAGGUACCAACUAUGAUUACGUUCGGGAAUUUAAAAGAAGCACUGGAACGUGGCACCACACGAAGCCGCUCUUUCCUUCGGAUCUUCGCCGGACGGGAUGUGCCGCUCUACGGAUUGCGAACUGCAAGCUCUUCCGGCUGCAGCUCCAACAGGGAUUAUUCCGCAUCCGCGUCCCUUCGCCUUGAGAGAGGCCUCCAGAAAGUCGAGGAGCUGGGAAGAACUUGAGAGAAGAGGGCUGCCACCAUAACAAUUUAGCUUUAUAUAGAGGAGAAACAAACAUCUUGCAGCAGAAACACAAACUGCAUGUCCGAUUGCAGUAUGGUAAAAGUUCUAACUUUGCUUUCAGCUGCUUAAGUGCUUCAGCCUCAGCGUUUUAAUUGGAGGCAAGUCAUUGUACACUAAUCAAUGGGCAAAGUGGAGUCACCUUAUCUAAAAAUGCGAAACCAUGCGAUGGAAGCAAUUUAAUCACUUUGGAGGCGGCACACAGGAUUUUAAAAAGGAAGCCUGCUGAAAUAGUGGCAGGAAAAAGUGUGCAAAUCUGCAAGGGAAAUGGUUACUGAUAAUCUUGGGUAGCGUUGAUAAUUUAAGAAAUACUGCAUGAAAACCAAUCUCACUAAAAUGCCAAGAGAGACUCCGCUGUGGAGAGAGAGAUGGGCAAUUGCACCUUUAUUUACUACAAGACUUCUUCACAAUUCUGAGAUCUGUGCCUGAAAGGAUAGCAUUGUACAUACAUUUUUUUCAGUGUGUUUCAUUUCUAAGAUUUUUUGAAAUAUAUUUAAAAUUGGUUCAGUCGAACUAAGAGGUAUAAUACAAUUGAAGAUUGAUGAUUGCACAGAUUUUUUUUACAAAAAAAUCUUGUAUACAUCAAGGGAUCUAACGUUCUCGUUGUGGAGCAACACACGAUAGCUGUGCAAAGGCCGGAUGCUGCGGCCUUCUCAUUCAAUGCAGACAUUGGAAGGCUGGGCUUUCUACCAUUGAAAUACCUAUGCAAUGGAUGGGAGUGUGCAGCUUUUUGUAACGUUUUAAUUUAAUUUUUACUCUUUUUUUCCAAAUAGAACUACAGAUAUCGUUCCA